AUGUCAGACCAACAUGUCCUUCUUCUAGGAGCUACAGGAGCAUCUGGCAUUGCCUUUCUCGAAUAUGUCUUACCUCUCCCUGAUGGACCCAAACUAUCUCUUCUAGUGAGAAACAAGAGCAAAUUACCCCAAGAGCUCGUAACUCGAUAUCAACAUAAACUCACGAUAGUAGAAGGACAGUUGAAUGAUGAGGCAAAGUUGGAAGAGGUCUUGAAAGGUGGUGUGACCGCCGUCGUCAGCUUGUUGGGACCCUACCCAUCGCUUUACCAUCUGCUCACUCGGACGAAACCCACUCCCAUCGCUGAUUCGCUCCAUGUAGUCAAGAGGGUAAUGAAGAAAUAUGGUGUGAAAAGGUUAUUGGCAUUAUCGACUCCUCGGCAUUCUGUGCCAGGUGAAAAGUACUCGUGGUCUCAAUUUAUCACCACCAAAACCCUCCCAGCAACAUUCAUGCCCCAGGGCUCAGCGGAAAUGACUGCCAUAGGAGAAGUAUGUGCAGACGAAGAGUUCGAAUAUACCAUCUUCCGUGUACCGUUUUUAUCUGCCGGAUCGGGCGAUGCGAAAGUCCAUGCUGGAUUCUACGGCCCGGAUUUCAAGGGAUCACAAGAGUUGUCGAGAGCAAGUUUAGCGAGGUGGUUAUGGGAUGAAAUUAGGGAUGGGUAUUGGAUAAGGAAACAACCUGCCUUGGGCAAUUACCAGUGA